CGCUUCCCUCCUUCCAUCUUCGCCGAGCAGCCGCCGCCGCCGCCAUGGCCGCCCGCUGCCUGCUCCGCGCCCUGCCCCUCCUGGCCGCCCUGUGGCAGGGAGUCGCGCGGGGGAACCAGGAGCUGCGCCCCCCGCCCGCCAGGAUAGGUGUGAUUGGAGCUGGCGUCGGGGGCACAUCUGCAGCCUAUUUCCUGCGCCAGAAGUUUGGUAAAGACAUCCAGAUUGAUAUCUUUGAAAGAGGAGAAGUCGGAGGCCGUGCGGCUACUAUCAAUUUGGAAGGGAAAUACUACGAAGCAGGAGGAUCGGUCAUCCACCCCCUUAACCUGCACAUGAAACAUUUUGUGAAAGAGCUAGGUCUUAACGUCCAUCAAGGUCAAGGUGGCCUUUUGGGCAUCUACAAUGGAGAUGAGUUUGUCUUUGAGGAGAGCAGCUGGUACAUUUGGAAUUUUCUCAAGCUCCUCUGGCAUUACGGACUGAAUCCUGUGCGGAUGUACAUGUGGGUAGAGGAUGUGCUAGACAAAUUUAUGAGGAUCUAUCGGUAUCAGGUUUACGACUAUGCCUUCAGUAGCAACGAGGGUUUACUUCAUGCCCUCGGAGGGGCUGACUUCGUUCAGAUGCUGAAUGUUACCAUUGAUCAGGCCUUGCAGAAGAACAGCUUCUCUCAGAAGUUCAUCAAUGAGAUGGUGACUCCAGUUAUGAGAGUCAACUAUGGCCAAGGUGCCAACAUCAAUAGCUUUGUGGGUGCCGUAUCUUUGGCAGGCGCCGAUUCUGGACUUUGGUCAGUAGAAGGUGGCAACAAACUGGUAUGCACUGGCCUUGUUUAUGCUUCUAAAGCACAACUGAUUUCUGGCACUGUUAUUGCUCUGGAAGAGAAAACGCUGAAAAGGGGACGCUUAGGAGAUACUGCGAAGCUGUAUGAAGUCACCUACAAUUCUACGUCAGGAUUAAUGUCAGAGCUGUAUGACAUCAUUCUGAUUGCCACCCCGUUGCAGCGUAAAAUUGCCAACAUAACUUUCCGCAACUUCAAGCCACCCAUUCCCGAGUUCUCCCAGCCCUACCAUCAGACUGUGGCAACGUUUGUCCAUGGGCGCAUUAACACUUCCUACUUUGGCUACCAGGAUCCUUCAAAGUUCUCUUUAACUGCCAUUUUCACAAUGGAGCACCCAAAGUUGUUUAUCAAUUGUAUUGGCAUUGUCUCUCCAGUUGAAGAUAAAACUAAGCCGCUUCUGAGCCCUGCAGUUUGGAAAGUGUUCUCACCCAAGCCUCUCACCAAGGAGCAACUGAAUUUGCUUUUCUCGUCUUACGAUUCUGUUGAAGCGAAGACGUGGCUUGCCUACCCACACUACAGCCCCCCAGAGAAAUGCCCGCCUAUCAUUCUCCAUGACAGAAUGUACUACCUCAACAGCAUCGAAUGGGCUGCAAGUGCCAUGGAAAUGAGCGCGAUCGCAGCCAAGAAUGCUGCUCUUUUAGCCUACCAUCGCUGGUAUGAUAAGGCAGACAUGAUUGAUCAAGAAGAUUUGCACGAGAGACUCAAAACAGAACUCUGAGGUAGAAUACACACGGCUGGGGAGGAAAUCUAGGUUGGUAUACUGUAUUUGGUGGGGUGGGGGAAGAGGAGAAGAGAGUGGAUCUGAGGAUAUAGCAAACUGUAUCGGACCACGUGGUGCAUCACCUACUGAAAACUCUUUUACUAUAUUUACAGGAAAAGAUAGCAACGAGGCACAGGGGAGUGAAAGAAUAGCUGUCUUUGAGCCAUGCAGCUUAAUUCAGGAUUUUACUUUGUUAGCAACAUGCAAGAGCCAUCAGGUGCUGGGCUGGAUUAGCAACUGACAGCAAGUAGCUGAAAGAAAAGGAGGGGUGACAUUAAAUGAAAUUGUUAUCAUUUUUCCCAUCAGUAUACUGAUGCCCAUGAAUUGUGUAUUGUCAUACUGUCCAAAUAUGUAUCUCCCUUUCAGAAGUCCCAAUCUUAUACACUGUGAUAAUGGGUAACUCAAGCCAUAUUAUCGCUAGACAAAGUAAGAUUUCUGAUGUUUAGCUGUGUCCGAUAUAAAAUACAAAUGUAGCCCAA